GCUCCGGGUAACCCGAACGAGACACUGGAAAGCACCUCUGUCAAACUUAUUGUGACGCCAAAUGUCAGUGCCGCCGAUUCCUUUCAUAUUGUAUUGUAGCCUACGCUAAUAAAAACAUAAUUUAUAGCAUGUUGGUUAAGGAGUGUUUUGUAACAAUCAGAAAUGAAUUUCAACGUAGAAGUAAGGAAGAAGCAAUUGCAGAGUCUAGAUCAGUGCAUCACAUCGUUUAAGGAUAAAGUAGAUUCGAUUUUAGGUUACCUGGGCUGGAGUGCCAAAAAAGUUCUAGAAAAUGAUGAUAGGACAUUGUGCCCAAUCAAUUCGGGUCAUACUGUUCAACUAGAAAGUGUAGUACCACAUGUAGAAAGAUGCAGGCUCACAAGCCAAGGGUACAGCUUGACGGAAGCUUUUUUAUCAGAACCCUCAGCUGAUCCAAAGAGCUCGAUAUCCCUAAAUAACCUUGAGAAAAUUGAAGCCCUCAACAAAAUUCGCUCAGUCAAUCCUCGAUUUGUGGCAGAUCUAAUCAUUUUCUACUCAAUAAGAACAUUGAACCUAAAAGAAAUUAUAUCCUUUUUCAGAUAUCCUUUUUUAAAGAGGCUAGUAUUGUAAAUACCCUUAAUAAAUAUAUUUACAUGGAGCAGAUUAUUCCAUAUAUUGUCAGUAUAAGAAAAUUAUCCAACCCUGACUACUUUCAAGGUUAUAUAAAAUGACUAGUUAUUUUAUUACCUAAAACAGGCUUUUUAGUAUUGAUAAUUCCAAUAAUUGUGUGCCUCUUAUGAAGUGUUUUGAAAUCUCUAAAUAAUAAGUGGCAUUAGACAAUUUAAGCCUCAAAUAUAGAACAUCUAAUUAACUGUACUCCUCACAAAAUUUUGCAUGUUGUCUUUGUAAAAGACUAUGUAAUUUAAUCUGAAAUGAUUUAAAAAAUGAACAUAGGGUAGUUUUCUUAUUGAAGUGACUAUAUGGUAUUGUAAGUUCACAUUUUACAUACAUACUUGCUAUUCUACUUCUGACAAGUAUCUUUUGAUGUAACCAAUUCGUAUGUUAAGUAUGGAGGAAUUGCAUAAAAGCUAAUCUCAAUAUAACUGAGUAAAAACAAGUUAUAGCACAUUUUUAUUGAGCUUAAGGUGAGUUUUCCAUCGCUAUCAAAAUCUUUGUGAUAAUAGAGAACCAAAAUUGUCAGAAGAGCUGAGAUAGGCAUUGUAAGGAAAGGGCUGGAUGUUAGAGAUUCUACUGUUUCCAAUAUCUUUAGCCUCAGAGUACCUGUGAAGGGUGAGGUGCCACAGUGGCUGCAAGAAAACAUGCUUUUUUACCUUGUAUCACAUCUGAUUUGUCUGAUAUCCUUUGGAAUUUUACAAGUACAUAUCAUACAGUUGGAAGAAGAGGGCUACAUUUCAAAUAUUUUUCAUUUUCCGUUUUAUUGAGUUAAUUCAGAAAAUGAUUACAUUUAUGUGAAAAAUGGUUACAUCUACCAUCUCUCGGCAAACGACUACCACUACAGAUGUAACCAUUUUCCACAUAAAUGUAAGCACAUUUUCUGAAUUAUUAACGCAAUAAAACGGAAAAUAAAAAAUUUAGAGAUGUAACCCUCUUCUUCCAAAUGAACGAUAUGUUUAAGUAGACUGCAUAUAGACAUCAGUCCUAUCAUCACAAAACGAUACAUAUAUAUAUAUAUAUACAAAGAUUUUAAAUUAUUUUUAUAUUGUUAUUUACACCUUAACUGUUACUAUUUUUCCCAUGUUCCCCAAAUCGUUAGCAACAACACUCUUGCUAACACUGGUCACAUUUUCUAAAGUAUCUGAAAGUAGGCAAUCUUAGAUAUUGCUAAAACAACCACAAUAGUUGUACUGUAAAAUGUAUCCUAAUUCAAUGUUAUUCCAAAGUCAGACUAUCAAAAUAAAAUCUCUGAAACCCAGCGCUUUCCUUUACUACUUAUGAGUAUUUUCAACAUGUGUAGAUCUUGGUACUCCAACAUCAUUGAAUUUACUUUUUUCUGCAGCUUGGAAUGGCUAUGACCCAGAUCCUAGAACAUCUGACCGACUAUUUUCCACAUAUUCUGCAGAUGAGAGGCUAGCAUUAUAUAACCAUGCUGUAGAGCACACUGAAGGACCUCCAGUUCCAACUGAGUUUAAUAUAAAUUCGUCUGAGAAAGAGAAGGAAGACAGGCGUCUGACACAUGAAGAGGAGUUACAGCAAGAGCGAGACGCCAAAAGACGUAGAGUGAAGUACAAAUCUGUACAUACUGGUAGAAACAAAAAAUAUACAGAAAUUA